AUGUCUGCUCCAGCUGCUUACAGCGACAUUGCUAAGGCUGCCAAUGAUCUCCUGAACAAGGAUUUCUACCACACCAGCCCAGCCGCCCUCGAGGUCAAGUCCAAGGCCCCCAAUGGCGUCACCUUCAACGUGAAGGGAAAGUCUGCCCAUGAGGGUUCCAUUGCUGGAUCUCUCGAGGCCAAAUAUGUCGAUGCGCCAACUGGUCUCACCCUCACCCAGAUGUGGACCACCGGCAACGCCCUCGACACCAAGCUCGAGCUCGACAACAACAUCACCAAGGGCCUCAAGGCCGAGGUUCUCACACAGUACAUCCCGUACUCCCAGUCCAAGGGCGCCAAGUUGAACCUCCACUUCAAGCAGCCAAACUUGCACACCCGUGCCUUCUUCGACCUCCUCAAGGGCCCAACUGCCAACUUCGACGCCGUCCUCGGCCACGAGGGUUUCCUUGUCGGUGCCGAGGGUGGUUAUGAUGUCCAGAAGGCUGCCAUCACCAAGUACUCCGCUGCCGUCGCCUACUCUCUCCCAGAGUACUCUGCCGCCAUCACUGCCUCCAACAACCUUUCCGUCUUCGCUGCCAGCUACUACCACCGCGUCAACGCUCAGGUCGAGGCUGGUGCCAAGGCCACCUGGGACUCCAAGUCUGGAAACACCGUUGGCCUCGAGGUUGCCAGCAAGUACAGACUUGACCCAUCCUCCUUCGCCAAGGCCAAGAUCAACGACCGUGGUAUCGCUGCCCUUGCCUACAACGUCCUCCUCCGCCCAGGUGUCACCCUCGGUCUCGGAGCUUCUUUCGAUACCCAGAACCUCAACCAGGCUGCCCACAAGGUUGGCGCCAGCUUCACCUUCGAGGGUUAA